CCUCACGCCGCCCGCGUUCUUGCUGCGUUCCUCCAGAUGAUAGAAACGGAAUGCUUUAAGGAGCUGAACGUGUUCGGACCUAACGGUACCCUCUCACCAGACCUGGACCGGAGUCACCCUCCGGAGCCACCGAAGAAAGGGCUGUUCCAGAGAAUCUUCAAGCGUCAGCAUCAGAACAAUUCCACGAGUUCGCCCAACUCCAAGACCAGUUUUAACCACCACAUAAACUCAAACCACGUCAGCUCCAACUCCACCGGAAGCAGCUAGUUGCCGCUUGGCCUUGGAGUCCACGUGGGACAGGCUAGACCCUGUCCUUCGAAGCAGAACUUGUGACCGGCGGAGCGUCCACUCCGGAUGGGUGGACGGGGCAGCCCGCCCGGAGCCGGCGAAGGAAGGAGGCGCCGCCA